CCAUUCGAUAGUGCCACGUCAAAGUGACGGAUGUAGCUAGGUGUACUCGAGGGGGCGGGGGUACGGUGGUCAAUACCAGAAUCACCGGAUAGACGCUGUCCGACCAAAUUGAUUCAUAGACUCUGUUGUUGGUAGUUUCCCGAGAGGAGAUUCUUCUACAGUAGCAUAACCAAGCAGUGUGAUCAUCGUCAUGGAGAGCACCAGAAGCAGACUGACCCAGAGGUUGGCAGAAGCUGGCCAGUCUCACCUCCUGCAGUUCUGGGAUGAGCUGACCCCUGAGCAGCAGGCUGAGAUGACCUCUGACCUGGAAGCUAUGGACUUCCAGGAGAUCAACAGGUUCUUCCGCAGUGCCAUGGAGGUGUCGGGCAGCAGCAAGCAGGAGAAAAUGGACGCCCGUAUGGAGCCAGUGCCCAGGGAGGUGUUGGGUAGCGUGACCAGGGACAGAGACUGCCUCAAGGACUGGGAGGAGGAGGGUCUGCGGUGUAUCUCCCAGAGCAGGGUGGCUGUUCUUCUGCUAGCGGGGGGCCAAGGGACCCGGCUUGGGGUGUCCUACCCAAAAGGCAUGUACGAUGUGGGCCUGCCUUCCCACAAGACCCUGUUCCAGAUCCAGGCAGAGAGGAUACUGAGGCUUCAACAGCUGGCAGAACAGAGACAUGGAGCCAAGUGCUUCAUCCCCUGGUACAUCAUGACAAGCGGCCGGACCAUGGAGUCGACUAAAGAGUUCUUUUUGCGCCACAGCUACUUUGGGCUGUGCAAAGACAACGUGAUCUUCUUCCAGCAGGGCAUGUUGCCUGCCAUAGACUACAACGGCAAGAUCAUCCUGGAGAGCAAAGCCAAGCUGGCAAUGGCCCCAGAUGGUAAUGGGGGUCUGUACAGAGCUCUGGGUACCCAGGGGAUUGUGGAGGACAUGGAGCAGAGGGGGAUCGGGUUCAUCCAUGUGUACUGUGUGGACAACAUACUGGUUAAAGUAGCAGACCCUGCCUUUGUCGGCUUCUGUGUCCAGAAAGGAGGAGACUGUGGGGCUAAGGUGGUGGAGAAGACCAAUCCAACGGAGGCGGUGGGCGUGGUCUGUAAGGUGGACGGCUAUUACCAGGUGGUGGAAUACAGCGAGAUCUCCUUGGCUACGGCUGAGGAGCGCAGCGCGGACGGGCGGCUCAUGUUCAACGCUGGAAACGUAGCCAAUCACUUCUUCACACUACCCUUCCUCAGGGACAUCGUCCAGACAUUCGAGCCUCAGCUGCAGCAUCACGUGGCCCAGAAGAAAAUCCCAUACGUGGACAUACAGGGAAGGCUAAUCAAACCUGACAAACCCAACGGGAUUAAAAUGGAAAAAUUUGUCUUUGACAUCUUCCAAUUUUCCAAGACCUUUGUGGUGUACGAGGUUCUUCGUGAAGACGAGUUCUCUCCCCUGAAGAACGCAGACAGCCAGGACGGUAAAGACACACCCACCACGACGAAACACGCCCUCAUGUCCCUUCAUCACCGCUGGGUCCUCAACGCUGGAGGACACUUCAUAGACGAGAACGGAAUGCGUGUGCCCGCAAUACCCAGAGACGGAUCUGCAGGAAGUGGCACAGCUGAUGUCAACCAGAACCUGAAGGAUGGAACAGACCUGCCAAUCAAAUGUGAGAUCUCCCCACUGGUGUCCUAUGGCGGGGAGGGGCUGGAGGGGCUGGUGAGGGGGCAAGAGUUCCGCCCCACCCUGGUCAUCGACAAAAGUGGAGCCCACGAACUGGUGAAGAAUGGAGUGUGAGGGACAGCAGGAUGGCGGCAGAGAGAAGGAAAAGGUGCUAGUGAGGGGGGCGAAAGAGAGACGAGCCAAAGACCUAUUCCACUCCUCCCCCGUUUCAGUGCAAUAAUGCUGUGUUCAUGCGCUCUUUGAAAUAAUCUGUAACACAGGUUUCCGACAUCCAAAUACUGUUAAUGUGAGCUUCCAAAUCUGAAUUAUAAGUGGGAAACCUGUGCUAUAAUUCAGUACCAUGAGCUCCAACCCCCAGUUGGAAUGGGUUUUUUUCCCUCAGAUUUUUCCAAGGAGCACAUAACCGCAGCAUAAGAUGAAGGACAGAAGCCUUGUGAGGCUGCGUGGCUGGAUGAAGCAGUCUGAAGAUCCAAGUUAUUUAUUUUGCUUAUAAGAUGUAUUUUUAUAUGGAUGUAUGUCUUGUAGAGGGAAAUUACCCCCUACGUGUUUUACCAAGUGAUUUGUACAUACAGAUACAAAGAGAGGAGUACAACGAUUGUAAUCAGAUGAUCCUAAUAUGAUUGAUUAUUACAUGUAAUGUCGGUACAUGGGGGAGGGUUUUACUUCUAAUAACUGGGUAGUAUAGCACACUACUGCUAGUAUUUUGCCCGAUUUGGCUUCAAGCCUAGUAGUAGUGUUACAUUUACAAGUAGUAGUUGGAUAAUUCUAUUGAUGUAGCAGUAGUUGGAUUUUAAGUGGUAGUAUCGAUAUUAACAGAUUUAGUUCAGUCGUAUAGAGUUGAGACGGAAGGAGAACGACAAUGAACCUGUUGAGCUAUAUGACCUGUUCAAUUUUCUUUAUUAAAGAAAUGUCCAAUUUGCAA